AUGGGACACAAUACAGAUAAUUGCUGGACUUUGCGCAAGGAGAUCGAACGACUGAUCAAAGCGGGUCAUUUGUCCAAUUUUGUCUCAGGAGACAGUACACAGCUUGACGCAGUCAAAAACACGGGCGGUGAUUUGUCAAAGGGAAAAGAGGAUUUAGGAGUACCCGCCGGGUCUUGCUUGUCAAUCGCAGGGGGAUUUGGCGGCGGGCGCAUAUCUAGCAAGGGAAAGAAAAGAUAUGUUGAGGCAGUAAACUCGGUUCACCACGCUUACGAGGGGGAAUGUUGGCUGAACCAUACUCCAAUUACUUUCUCGCCAAAGGAUUUUGAUCAUGUGAUUCCGCAUGAUAACUAUCCAAUAGUGGUGACUCUGUGCGUAAAUAACUAUGUUACCAAGAAAGUUUUUCUAGACCAAGGCAGUUCUGCUGACAUCAUAUAUGGUGAUGCAUUUGAAAGAUUGGGCUUAAAGGAGUCAGACUUAAAGCCAUAUACGGGGUGUCUAGUUGGAUUCACAGGCGAUCGGGCCAAGGUCAGAGGUUAUGUGGAAUUGGACACUGCUUUUGGUGAGGGUGAAUACGUGAAGAAAUUUCAAGUAAAGUAUUUGGUUCUUCCGUGUAAGGCAACAUAUAAUGUGCUUCUAGGGCGUGAUACUUUGAACAAAAUAUGUGCAAUAAUUUCAACCGCCCAUUUGACAGUGAAGUAUCCAGCUUGCAAUGGAAAGGUGGAAAUUUUGAGGGUGGAUCAAGAGGCCGCCCGAGCCUGUUAUGCACAAAGUUUGGAACUUUAUGGUAAGAAGGCAGCCAAGGAAGCACAUCGCGUCACGAAAAUUUUUCCACAUGAGAAUUUCAAUUUGGAUCCUCGUGAUGAUUCGAAGGAGUUAAGACCUCAGCCGGCGGAAGAAACCAAAUCUGUUUACUUAUCUGGGCGUGCUUUGAAAAUUGGAAGCACCUUGUCAAAGGAACAAGAGGACCGAUUAGUCGAACUACUUAAAAACAAUUUGGAUUUAUUCGCAUGGACAAUUAAGGAUGUUCCAGGCAUUGAUCCCAAUGUUAUAUCCCAUCACUUGUCAAUCCAGCAAGGGGCAAAACCUGUUGUACAAGCUCGUAGGCGGAUGGGCGAAGAAAAGGACAAGGCAGUACAAAUAGAAACUCAAAAGUUACUUGAAGGAAAGUUCAUUAGAGAAGUUCAAUAUCCAACAUGGUUGGCAAAUGUUGUUAUGGUGCGAAAGGCUAAUGGGAAAUGGAGAAUGUGUACAGAUUACACAAGUCUAUACAAAGUUUGCCCAAAGGACUCUUAUCCGCUCCCAAAUGUGGACAAGUUGGUAGAUGGGGCGUCCGGGAAUGAAAUGCUCAGUUUAAUGGAUGGAUAUUCCGGAUACAACCAAAUAAUGAUGUAUCGCCCCGAUGAGGAGAAAACGGCGUUCAUGACAAGUCAGGCGAACUAUUGCUACAAGACGAUGCCUUUCGGGGGCACCCAUCACGAAGACUUGGCUGAGGCAUUUGCACAGAUCCGGAAAUACAAUAUGAGGUUGAAUCCAGAAAAAUGCUCCUUUGGAAUUUUAGGUGGCAAGUUUUUAGGAUUCAUGGUCACUUCAAGGGGGAUCGAGGUUAAUCCUGACAAAUGCAAAGCUAUUGUAAACAUGAAAAGCCCGUCCAAUAUUCGCGAAGUCCAGAGGUUAACAGGACGAUUGGCGGCCUUAUCUCGUUUUUUGCCAAAAGCAGGUGAUAGGGCAGCGCCAUUUUUUGCGUGUUUAAAAAAGAAUACAACUUUUCAGUGGACGGGGGCGUGUGAAGAGGCCUUCCAGCAGCUUAAGGAGUUACUGGCUUCACCACCUAUGCUAGCUAAGCCUACGCCUGGGAUUCCUUUAAUUCUCUACUUGGCGGUCACUGAGGCGGCGGUUAGCACAGUCUUACUUCAAGAAGAAAACAAGCAGUAUAAAAUCAUAUACUUUGUUAGUCACACGCUGCAAGGGGCAGAAGUGCGUUACCAAAAAAUAGAAAAGGCGGCUCUAGCAAUACUAAAGACGGCCAGGCGACUUCGGCCAUACUUUCAGAGCUUCCAAAUAAAGGUCAAGACAGACAUUCCAUUGAGGCAAGUUUUGCAAAAGCCUGAUUUAUCAGGGCGACUGAAAUUGUUCAAAGGCUUAUGCAAGCGACAUGUAAGGAUCGAGCACAUACCAAGAAGUCAAAACGAGCGUGCGGAUGCAUUGGCUAAACUAGCAAGCACUGAGCGACUCGGAAACUACCAAACUGUAAUACAAGAAGUCUUGCCCCAUCCAAGUACAGACAUGGUAGAGUUCAAAGUGGCAAAGGCUAUAGGAAAUGGGGGACCAUCUUGGAUGGAUCCAAUCAUUGAAUUCUUAAGUCAGCAACCGCAAGAUGAAAGCAAAAACACUAAAGAAAGAAGGCGAGAGGCUAGCUUCUACACUCUGGUGGGUGGACAACUGUAUAGGCGGGGAAUUAUGUCUCCAAUGCUUAAAUGCGUGGAUACCGCCAAAUCUCAAGAAAUAAUGGCUGAGGUUCAUGAGGGAGUAUGCUCAAGCCACAUUGGGGGGCGGUAA